AUUCCGUCUAAUUUGAUCUAAUUUUAUUAUUACGUGCAUUUCGAUAAAAAAAAAAUAAGUUUUCUAUUAAAUGUAAUUGCAAUUUUUAGUUAAAAAGUUCUACAACUAUUUAUAUAUUAAGUUAAAUGAGUUUUCUAAUUAAUUUAAUAAGAGCUUUUAUCGAUAAAAUGCUGGCAUUAUUAUCGUUUAGUAGUAAAACAAUUACAAACACAUUGAGUAUUUAUGUUAAAACAAAUACAGGACGUACAUUGUCGGUGAAUUUGGAGCCUCAAUGGGAUAUAAAAAACGUCAAAGAGAUCGUAGCACCACAAUUAGGUCUGCAGCCUGAAGAGGUGAAGAUUAUAUUUGCUGGCAAAGAACUAAGCGAUGCGACAACAAUUGAGGAAUGUGAUUUAGGACAACAAAGUAUAUUGCAUGCCAUACAGACAAGACCCGUACAACAGAGGAAACGUUUAUACUCAACUGUAGCUGAAGAGGAACCAACGGAGGAGCAACCAUCGAAGCCAUUAUGUGAAACAUUGGUAGACUUGCAGUUGCAAAGUGAGGAAAGAUCGAAUAUACCAGAAGAAAAUCGAGAACGCUCCAGGGCUCACUUUUUUGUUCAUUGUUCUCAGUGUAAUAAAUUGUGCAAGGGAAAGUUACGUGUUCGUUGUUCCCUGUGCAAGGGAGGUGCAUUUACUGUACAUCGCGAUCCAGAAUGUUGGGAUGAUGUCUUGAAGUCACGUCGCAUACGUGGUCACUGUGAAUCUUUGGAAAUUGCCUGUGUAGAUAACGAUAUAGGUGAUCCUCCAUUUGCUGAAUUUUAUUUUAAGUGUGGCGAACAUAUUUCGGGCGGUGAAAAAGAUUUUGCUGCUCCUUUAAAUUUAAUUAAAAUCAAUAUGAAAGAUAUCCCCUGCCUGGCCUGUACUGAUGUAAGUGAUACUGUUUUAGUCUUCCCCUGUGAAUCCAAACACGUAACCUGUGUUGAAUGUUUUUUACACUAUUGCCGCUCCCGCCUUAUGGAACGUCAAUUUAUGCCUCAUCCCGAUAUUGGUUAUACUUUGGCUUGUCCUGCAGGUUGCGAAAAUUCUUUUAUAGAGGAAAUCCAUCACUUUAAGUUAUUGACCCGUGAAGAGUACGAUCGCUAUCAACGAUUUGCCACUGAGGAAUAUGUUUUACAAGCGGGAGGUGUUUUGUGCCCUCAGCCUGGCUGUGGCAUGGGUUUGUUAGUAGAACCAGAUUGCAAAAAAGUCACUUGUCAAAAUGGUUGUGGUUAUGUUUUUUGUCGUAAUUGUCUGCAAGGUUAUCAUUUGGGUGAUUGUUUGCCAGAGAAUGGUACGGGCAAUGCAACGGGCAGCUGUGAAUAUGCAGUUGAUCCAAAUCGCGCUGCUGAAGCCCGUUGGGAUGAAGCGAGUAAUGUCACAAUAAAAGUUUCAACCAAACCCUGCCCUAAAUGUCGCACACCCACAGAAAGAGAUGGUGGAUGUAUGCAUAUGGUCUGUACACGAGCUGGCUGUGGCUUUGAAUGGUGUUGGGUUUGUCAAACCGAAUGGACAAGAGAUUGUAUGGGUGCUCAUUGGUUCGGUUAAAGUCAUCAUGCGAUGUUGUUUUGUGUUAAUUAUUGUAAAUAAAUAAUGUCUAGAUUUUAGGGAAAAAAUUGCAACUUAAAAUUUUGCUUUUAAAUACAUUUUAACAAGUUACCACA